AUGCGCAGUGUCGAAAAUCCAGCAGUGUCGAAAAUCCAGCAGUGUCGAAAAUCCAGCAGUGUCGAAAAUCCAGCAGUGUCGAAAAUCCAGCAGUGUCGAAAAUCCAGCAGUGUCGAAAAUCCAGCAGUGUCGAAAAUCCAGCAGUGUCGAAAAUCCAGCAGUGUCGAAAAUCCAGCAGUGUCGAAAAUCCAGCAGUGUCGAAAAUCCAGCAGUGUCGAAAAUCCAGCAGUGUCGAAAAUCCAGCAGUGUCGAAAAUCCAGCAGUGUCGAAAAUCCAGCAGUGUCGAAAAUCCAGCAGUGUCGAAAAUCCAGCAGUGUCGAAAAUCCAGCAGUGUCGAAAAUCCAGCAGUGUCGAAAAUCCAGCAGUGUCGAAAAUCCAGCAGUGUCGAAAAUCCAGCAGUGUCGAAAAUCCAGCAGUGUCGAAAAUCCAGCAGUGUCGAAAAUCCAGCAGUGUCGAAAAUCCAGCAGUGUCGAAAAUCCAGCAGUGUCGAAAAUCCAGCAGUGUCGAAAAUCCAGCAGUGUCGAAAAUCCAGCAGUGUCGAAAAUCCAGCAGUGUCGAAAAUCCAGCAGUGUCGAAAAUCCAGCAGUGUCGAAAAUCCAGCAGUGUCGAAAAUCCAGCAGUGUCGAAAAUCCAGCAGUGUCGAAAAUCCAGCAGUGUCGAAAAUCCAGCAGUGUCGAAAAUCCAGCAGUGUCGAAAAUCCAGCAGUGUCGAAAAUCCAGCAGUGUCGAAAAUCCAGCAGUGUCGAAAAUCCAGCAGUGUCGAAAAUCCAGCAGUGUCGAAAAUCCAGCAGUGCUCUGA